AUGGUUUCCUUUUUGGGUCGAAUGGAGACUCGCCGUCUUCACAGCACUGACAUGAAACGCUUGGUGUGCAUCCUGCGAGAUGUCCCGGUACCCGGCGAGGAGCGUUAUGGGCGCAAAGUGGCACACUACCGAAAGUUCACCAAGCUGGAUAUCCAAGAUCUCCCUCAUCGCUUACGCUCCUCUCCUCUAUUCUUCGGGUCUUCUGGGAACCUCUGCUGCAUCCACAAAGGCCUGGAUGCUCAUCUGAUCAACGACAUUUGGGCAUGGGUGAAGCAUGAGUUUGAAGGCGCAAUCGGCCAGUUCCUUUACCCCCUGAUCAUGUGUGAUCUUCUGACCCCAGACCAAGAGUGGAGGGCGCGUCAAAUGGAACCCGUGCUGCAAAUGUGGCGACAGGAUUUCGAUAUUGAUGCUUCUGCGCCGCCUGGCCGUGAGCCCAUCUACUGUGGAGACAAGUGGCACUAUCAGCGCGAUCAGUGUCCAGCUUGUAUCAUGGCGCGUAUGGCCUCCGACGAGGACGUUCUCUCCGCUCUCUUUGCGGGCAUGACCGGCCGCAUGAGCACCAAAAGUCUGACAAAUCCCAACGCCGCUCCUGACACCCCUUACUGGGCAGAGAUGAGCUCGAAGCGUGUACGGUUCGUAAAAUACUGGAUCAGGAAGACUCGUGGCGGUGAGAGGACCCUUUACGAAGCCGGUAACCUUGGUAUGAGACUAAAGUGUUUAGUGCUCGAGCGAAGGCACCAAAAGGAGACUCUGUAUCAGACGCUCUCGGGCACAACAGUCAACUCCUCUUCAGAUACAUCCUCCAAUCACCAAAAAGGUGAGCACUCGGCCCAUAUGCAGGACGACACAAAACUAGGUCCGAAACCUCGCCCUUUCAGCGUAGAUCAGUUCUCCCCAGCAGAAACCCUAGGUUUCGACAUGCGCGAGAAGCAGGACUACACCUCUACCAAAUCUUACAACCGACAACACACGCACUCAGUAUACCACCAAGAUACCUACCAGCCCUCACCCAGUAAGUCCUCAUUCUACUCAUCCUACCACCACCACUCAAGCCACUCACUGAGCCCCAGUGACAGCAUCAGCAUAAAACCCCUCCAACCCGCGCCCCUCGGCAUCCAAAAACAAAACCCAAGCCACCACUGCAACUCCUCCUCCACAAGCACACCCAGCACCAUCCUCUCCUACACGGGUGGUCCCUCACAACACCCCCACCACCGCGACCCCUUCAACAACCCCAUCUACAACAUCGUCGAACCAGCAAAACCGCACCAAGCAGAGUCGCACCAAGAAAAGUACCGAAAGCUCUUAGCCACCGACAACCCUUUUGCAUACUCUACUUCAAACUUUACCACCGACGCUGACGAGCAGUCGCGCGACGCCGCGCCCCCGCGCCCCAAGAAAGCAUCCAUGUAUUUUGCAUAUUGGGACAAGAAGUUCAAUGGGGAACGCUUCGAUGGCGUUGAUGUGGAGCCGAGGCGUGAGGAGCGCGAGAUGUGGGAGAGGGAAGGGCGCGAGAUGGAGAGGGAAAGGGAUUCGGAUACGGAGUCUGAGGGGAGUAAGAGGUGUACGCGUUGGGAAGAUUUUUAUUAG